ACUCGGUUUGACACCAAAGGCAAUCCAAUGGCUUCUUCAAAGACCAGAUCCAGCGCCCCUGUUCUCCACCUUGCCCUUCAGCGCUCCCUUUCCCCCACACGCCAUUCAUUUGCCCCCUCUCUCUCCUCUAAGCAUUACAAUUCUUCUCCUGUAAUCACUUUCGACUUGGCCAGAUCAGUGUCGCCAAAGAGAAAUCUGCAGGCCCGAUCCCCGGUCCGUUCGGUUCCGCCCAAGGCCGGGCAGAGGGCAGCCGUUCCGUCCGGUUCGGCAAGGAAGAUGUGCCUCUGCUCGCCUAGUAAUCACCCCGGCGCCUUCCGUUGCAGUCUCCAUAGGAAUUGCCCCUCUUCCUCUUCCUCUUCCUCCGCUUCUACCAAUUCUCAGCUGCACAUGCGCAGAUCGGCCAUGAAAAACUCUCUGGUGAGAAUCGGCAGUGUGGAAGGAGGUGAAUGGAUGAAGAAAGCACUCUCUGCGCUCAUCCGCCCCUCGUCUCAUCAAGUACGAAGGAGAACGUCGUUUCAGCCACAGCCGAGCAGGCUCUGUCAUAUGACCAGGGCGGAAGACGCGGCCGUAUCGUGAGGGCCAGGCCGUUGCCCGCUCUACACAAGACGCGUUUUGCUCGGUCGAGGAAAACGCCAUAGCAGCAAGCAGCGCUCGGUCUUUUGAUUUUCUGCUUAGGGUUUGGUCACAUAACUAGAGUAAACUUAUACAAAUCCUCAUGUCUUAUAUUAUCACAGCCUGCCGAAUUGCAUGGAUAGAUCGAUAUUCAGAAAAGCUAAAACAUUCCACCGAUAGCAAGAGAGAACUUUAAAAAAGUGUGUAAAGUGCAUAUAAUAUUCACUUUCAAUUCCAUUUCCUGCUGCACUCAGGAUUUUCA